CCGGUUUCAGCACUCUGGCACGACAGUACUCGACGCUCUGGUGGAGGACGGAGACAAAACUUGGCGAAAAGCUUUAAAACAUCACAUAAUACACGCGUGCGCUAGGAAUGCAAGGGGUGAACAUGAAGCUUUUCGCGUUCGUGAUCGGGGCACUUUUCGUGUCCCGGGCUUGCGCCCAAGCGGCGGCGAUGAGGGGCCACAUCGUGUCCUGCUCCGGAUGAAAACUAAACAAGCUCCCCGAGGCCAAGAAAUUCCUCAAGAAUCCCGAGCACGCCGCAAGCUACGAGGAUAUCGAAUUACCGUUGAAUUCAAGGCCGGCAAGCCGCCGGUGUUGACCCUUUUCGACAAGGCCUCCGGGGAGGAGACGGAGAGCAUCAACCUCGAGAAGUUUACCAUCGAUGAGAUGCACGAGCUUCUCGUGUCUCGGGGAUUCGUCCGCCGUGCGGAUGCCGCGGACCUCGCCGAGGUGAAGGCGAAGGAAGCCAUCGCUGACGAAGCCGCCGCGAAGCAGAAGAAGGAACGGGCCGAGGCCGCUGCCAAGCGUAGGCUAGAGAGGGAGAACGACAGACCGGACAGGGGGGCCGCGAAGGCUCAUCAAGCGGAAGAUCGCGCCGCUAUGGGCGAGAAGCGCAAGUUCGACGCCGUGAAGCGGAAGGCCAGGGAAAGCGAGGCCGACGGGAGCGGAGAGCUGUAGAAGGGGCGGCUGUCCCCUCCUCUUCUAUGUCAGCAUUGAGCGAGAGCUUCAUGUUUUCGUUGACUUAGCGGACCACAAGCUGUUUUCUCUCGGGGGAUGUUUGGCUUCCGUCAGAGCAUCAUAUGCAAUGGCGUUACCGCCGGCCACUCUCACCAAGAGAAUGUUGUUGUUGCUGUGGACCAAUAGCACCGCGUGCUUGUAGAUCGAGUCCUUGUAGCUCUCUCCCUCCGCAAGAAACCUUUGAACCAACGACAGUCACUUGAGGAUCUUUCUUUGAGCGUAAUGACGGAUGCACCUGUAUAAACCCUUGACUACGGGGAUCAGGGCAUCUUGAAGUGUCUCGAAGGACUUUCCGGCGGCGUUAUAGGGAAUUAAGGGUCCGUCGAGGGUUAUAGGUUCAUCUUACAGGUUUCGAUUAUGUACUAAGUAUUAAAGUUAUUUCACAAUUUCCCUCGAUUGUGUCGUCGUGAAGGGCUGCGCCUUUUGGCAGUCGAGUGUGCUGUGUGCCAAUCGCUGGCGAAGUAUUGGUGUUUGUUUGGAUCAUCGCGGGCGCCUUCGCGGGUGUGUGUCCGUGUUUGCCCUUUUUUUCCGAAGGGGUAGCCUCAUGAUGUGCGCCCGUUCAUGUGGCAGAUAUUCAGGUGGAGGAGGCGUCUUUUUGUCCCCUGGCAUGCACAACCUAAUUCCGAUAUGCGUCACAGUGGUGGGUAAGCUUGUGUCGCACUCAACGUGGCGUGGAUGUCGGGACUCUGAUUGUGUGGCGGUACGGCACGGGUGUACUGCUGUAGGUGCAGGUG